AUCAAACAAUAAUAAGACUUUAAAAUAAAAAAGUAGCAAAACACAUAGCCGCUACUAUUUAACAAACAAAACACCCAAUCAUCAUCAUCACCAUUUCCACAUUCACCAGUCCACCGUUACCGUCACCAUAUUCUCCCUCAACCAAACUUAUGCAGCAGCAGCAGCAGCACAAUCACAACAAACUGAUCUAGAAAAUUAGUUGAUCAUCAAUCAACAAUGAGUUUCAGAGACGAUAAUGAAGACGGCAGGUCCGAUCUCCGGAAACCAUUUUUGCACACCGGAAGCUGGUACCGUAUGGGCUCCAGGCAAUCUAGCAUGAUGACGUCAUCUCAGAUGAUCAGAGAUCGAUCUGUUUCUGUUCUCGCUUGUGUUCUUAUUGUUGCCUUAGGUCCUAUUCAGUUCGGUUUCACUGGUGGUUAUUCAUCACCUACACAAGCUGCGAUUAUGCGAGAUCUUAAUCUCACUGUAUCCGAGUUCUCUUUGUUUGGUUCUUUAUCAAAUGUGGGUGCCAUGGUUGGUGCAAUAGCCAGUGGUCAAAUUGCAGAGUAUAUCGGCCGGAAAGGGUCUUUGAUGAUCGCCGCUAUCCCUAAUAUCAUUGGAUGGCUUUGUAUCUCAUUUGCUACUGAUACAUCGUUUCUUUACAUGGGAAGAUUGUUAGAAGGAUUUGGCGUUGGGAUUAUAUCAUAUACGGUUCCUGUCUAUAUAGCCGAAAUAGCACCUCAAAAUAUGCGAGGGGGACUCGGUUCUGUCAAUCAGCUAUCUGUGACAAUUGGGAUAAUGCUUGCUUAUUUGCUGGGACUUUUUUCUAAUUGGAGAAUACUUGCAAUUCUUGGAACUUUGCCAUGCUUAAUUUUGAUUCCUGGUCUCUUUUUUAUUCCAGAAUCUCCUCGGUGGCUGGCGAAGAUGGGUAUGACUGAUGAUUUUGAAUCUUCUUUACAAGUUCUUCGCGGGUUUGAUACUGAUAUUACCGUUGAAGUAAAUGAAAUUAAGAGGUCUGUAGCAUCAUCAAAUAGAAGAACCGCAAUUCGUUUCUCGGACCUUAAACAAAGAAGAUAUUGGUUCCCUUUGAUGAUAGGAAUUGGAUUACUUGUUCUUCAACAGCUAAGUGGAAUCAAUGGUGUUCUUUUCUAUUCUAGUAACAUCUUUCAGUCUGCAGGAAUUUCUAGCAGUGAUGCUGCUACAUUUGGACUUGGUGCUAUCCAAGUUAUCGCAACUGCAGUUUCCACAUGGUUGGUUGACAAAACAGGCCGGAGGAUUCUGCUCACUGUUUCCUCCGUUGGAAUGACCUUCAGUCUCGUAGUCGUCGCAGCUGCUUUCUUCACUAAGAGUUUUGUGGAAGAAAGUUCUUCAUUGUAUGCUGCAAUGGGUAUAUUGUCGGUAGUUGGAGUUGUGGGCAUGGUAAUCGCGUUUUCUCUUGGAAUGGGGCCCAUCCCAUGGGUUAUAAUGUCUGAGAUUCUUCCUGUUAACAUUAAAGGACUAGCUGGGAGUAUUGCAACAUUAGCCAAUUGGUUUAUUGCAUGGUUAAUUACAAUGACCGCACCGUUGCUUUUAGCGUGGAGCGGUGGAGGAACAUUCACUUUGUACAUGCUCAUGUGUGCUGCUACUGUUGUGUUUGCUUCCAUAUUGGUGCCGGAAACAAAGGGAAAGACAUUGGAGGAGAUCCAGUUUUCUUUAAGAUAAGAUGUAAAUGUUCUGUUGCUGCUUCUUCAUCAUUGUUUUCUGCGGUCGCUAUUCAAAAAUUCUUUUUUUUUCCUCAAAAAAAUUGUUUUGUUUCCGGGGGCUUGUAAGUUAUGUGGAAUUUGCGAUUGUUGUACGUGAAUCCAUUAUGUUUACGGAUCCGAAAAGAACAUCAUAUCAUUUGUUGUAAUAAUUAUUUAUGAAAGAGAGAGAGAGAGAGAGCUGAAGAAUUAAGGCUGUUAUGUUUGGGCAUAAAAUAAAUUAUCGGAAUAAUGAUUUUUUUGGGUUUGUAUA